AUGGAUGCCUUUGUGAGGAGGCUUCCGGGAGCCGGGGAGGAGGAAGGUAAUGCGCCAACCGCUGGCGGCGACCCGUGCCUGGACCGCCCAGCGAAGCGGCAGAAGAGGCGGGAUGAAAUCAAGGACUCGGCAUCAGAUUGGUCCGAUGAAUCUUCAACCGAAGAGUAUACGGGGCGGGAAGCUGAGCUCGGAGACGAAAUUGGCGGUGACGACGAGUCUGCACAAACCUCGCGAGCAACUGACGUGGAGAACGUUCUGCCGCCGACCAAAACCGACGACACGGCAAUCGAGGAAUAUGAACUCCUCAAGUCUUCCCAAAUGAGCAGCGGCGAAAAGGUCGACGAGGCCACCGAUACGACCCGACCCCUCUGGAUCAAGGGCCGGAGCUCGAUCUACGUCGAUGCUUUCAAUCUGGCUCUCGAUACUGUCCUCGAGGAGGAGUCACAGCUGUUCGACAACAAGGAGUUGGAAGUGUUUAGUCAAUGGAAGACGCUUGGCUACGAGGCUCAGUACCUCUACGUGCGCCUGUUUCUGCGCAAGACUGCAGCUUGGCAUCGAACAAGUCGGCUGGGCUAUUAUGCAGACGUCUCUGAUCCCGAGGCGGCCAUAGAGUCUCUUCAAAACGCCAGAAAGCUGCCACAAAGCGACGCAUCGGAAGCUCAGGACUUGAUACCCGGGCUUGACCUCGAGGACUUCAGCUUAGGCGAGGCAUUCACCUUUGCAGAUUCUUCCGAAGAGCAUCUCACGUCGGUUGAGGAAGCCGCCUCUUUGCUCUACCUCGACGAGCUGAAAGCACUGGCAAAGAGCGCAAAAGUGCAGGGUCGUAACAAGGCCGAGUUCAUCAAGGGCCUGUGCCGGAUGAGCCAACAGCAAGCCGGGUUGAUGUCUCUGGGCCUCAGCAGGCACAACAGCCGCGACUCGAACGCCUCUGAGGACUCGGACAGCGUCAAGGCCAUCGACCGGACGAAGAUUCGUCGAGAAGACUCGAACCGCGAGCAGCACUUUCUGGGCAAGAUUCUAGAAAUUACUGGUCCAUGCAUUCGCCUAUCCCCCCUCGUGUUCAAGCUAUUUGAGCGAGUCCACCUCGUCUUCUACCGAUCGACGGAGUGGACGGAGAAGUCUCUCACGACCAUCAUCCUGGCCAAGAUUGCGAGGAGGAAUUUUCCCGAGUACAUCGUCUGUCGGACAUCGACCAUCUUCGCGUCUCGAGAUCAUCUUCUCGAGUUUGAGGCGGCGAUACGACUGGAAGCCGAGGUGGAUAGCAUAUUGGAGUUCAAUGGCCCGCCAACCGAGGCUGGCUUUCAGAGAAUAGUCGACAUAUUCGACAAGGUGUACCCCCGUUGGCAGGCAUAUGUCGUCGAGGAGCACGACAAGGAAAGGACGGUUUACGAGAUGGGCGAGGGUGCCUACCUCCGGAGGUUUAACCCGGCUCACUCGUACACCAGGAUUAUUCUCAAGGCCAUGUAUGUGCUGGGCCGGCGGAAGGAGCAUGCGCGGGAGUAUAAGCUGCUCAACGAAUUGCUUGACCAGAAACUCUUUCACCUCGCUCGGCGCGGGGCUUGGUACCAACGCAAGGCUCUACUGGAGGAGCAUUACAUGGCACAGCUCGACGAGGACGCCGAAUCGAAGAGCAUGGAUCAGUUGAAGAAGCACUGGAAACGGGUUGCCGUCGCGACUUGCGAGGCUGGCCUGCAAGAUCCCGACUGCCACCUGAUACAUCACUACGACCUGCAAAAGCGCCUGGUCAAGUUGGAGAAGAAGCUACGCAUCCCGAGGCGCUUACAACACGACUUUGGUCACGUCCGCCUUGCCGAGCCCAUAGAAAUUACCGUCGAGGGCAUCCAGCUGAAGCGAGAUGUGGCCCCGAAACCGGGAGCUCUUGCCGCAUCAACAAAGACAAUAUGGCUGGACGAGCUUGACACUGGCGGAGAAUGCAGCGUAGAGGAUAUGUGCCUGAGCCACUUCCGCACCGAGGGAUGGAAAGGCUACCACGCCGAGGGGGGCGUCGUCCGAACGCUCUUCGCGUACCUCUUCUACGACAUACUAUUUCUCUACAUACCGAAUGUGUUCCAGACAGCGUACCAGACAUGCCCGCUCGAUCUGCACACGGACGCGUUCUUCCCCGCAAGAGCGUCCGAAAUCAACCACCGCCUCGUCGAGAUCGCCAACGGAGAAGGUGAGCGGCUGCUGCGCGAUGUCUGGGAGAGGGAGCACGAGAAGCGAACCGCAGCAGUGGGUCUCAACUGGGACUUUGACGUGGAAGACAUGGCCGAGCUCGUGCGGUGCUUCGAAGGGAGCGCACUGGCGGCCAUCUGCAAGGUCAUGGCGCAGGAGUACAAGCACCGCGGCGGGGGCGUGCCGGACCUGCUCCUCUGGCGACCUGCUGCGGACAGCGACAUCGACGGUGCCGGCGACGAGAACGUCCAUCGACGCACGGGCGAGACGAGCUCGGACGAUGCAGCAGCGCCGGGCUCGCCGAGGGGCGAAGUCAUGUUCGCCGAGGUGAAGAGCGCCAAUGACCGGCUGAGUGACACCCAGCGGCUAUGGAUCCAUGUUCUCACGGGCGCCGGGGUCAAGGUUGCGCUGUGCAAUGCCGUCGCCAAGGAGGUGAGGGACGUGAGUUAG